AUGGCCUCCACAUUGAAACGCCUCUCCGAGGACGAAGUCGCCGGGAUCCUCUCCUUCCUCCCAGCGAAAGCCAUCAUCAAGCUCCGAACCCUCAGUCGGUACGUUCUGCGUCGCUCUGCAUGCAAUCACUUCCUCCUUACCCAAUCUCGUCACACCAAAGCCGACUCGGGCUUCUUCACUCGGCCAUACUACGGCCCCGUCGUCCUCACUCUCCUCGACCCUCAUGCCGGCAUACCCAAUGAAGGCCUCCGGUUCUUGCAGCACGCCGAAAGGGUCGUCCGGGCCUCAGCCAACGGUCUCGUGUUCUGCUCAAACAAGUCUAGAAUCUUAGGCAGCUUGUGCGUCUGCAAUCCGGUGGCUCCGAUCGCCACGCUGCGCUUCAUCCCGCCCCCGACCGGCGAAGAACAUCACGACCUGUCAUGCAUCGGCGUCGCCGUCGACCGGAUGUCGAGAGGCUACGAGCUGGUCUGCUUCACAAAGCCGCCAGAUUGGCACUCCCCCUACUGUUUCAGGGUCUACGCCUCGGCGGAUAAUGCAUGGAAGUUCCACAAGAUGGUCGAUGGAGGUCCAAGAGAUCUGCAACUGGAGUAUCCGGUUAUUUGCGGCAGGACAGUGUACUUGGCUUCAACUUGUGGGCCGUACAUGCAUACGGCCCCGUACAUUGUCGCCUUUGAUAUCGAAGAGGAGGGCUCCGAGAUUCUUUCGAUCCCGAGAGAGGCAACGAAGGCGUCUGAUUGCCAUGAGAUUCGGAUUGCAAGGUGGGGUGAGAAAUCUCUGUGCUUGAUAAGUUGCCGGAGAUCUUCAAUUUUUAAACUGUGGGCGAUGUCUCGGGAUCAAGGGACCAUAGCAUGGGUUGAAAAAUAUCAAGUUAGCAUGAUGGAGAUGGGGCUUACAAGUCCGGGAGACGUGCACUCGUUUACGGUGAUCAACAGCGACACGCUUGUUUUUGUGAUGAAUAGCUCUAUCUAUAGCUACGAUAUCAAAAAAAGGGCGUUGAAGGAGUUGCAAAAAGGCUACCCUUCAGGUUAUCCGAUUUUGAUUUCCUAUGCAAACUCCCUACGGCCCUACUGA